GACGGGCGACAAGCCCAACCUUUGCCCUAUUCUUUUUCAUUAACAAACUAAUUAUACUUCACUUUCAUAACAUUUUCUUGUCAAACAAACGUGACCUAAUUGUUGAUGCACUUUAGUAAAGAUGACCGUCCAAAAAAUAGAGUUCCCAUGUUUAUGGCUGAUUUCCUUCCAGAGCUUUUCUUUUGGUGGGGUGAGCGUGACACUGGAGUCAUUUGUUAUUCUACUGUAACGCUUUUGUCCGUCUCAAGUCCAGUCCCCAACUCCCUUCCUGUCUUCUCUCUCUUCACCCAGUUUUCGGAGAUUCGAAUGGUGAAAUAUUUUCUUUUGGUUGAUCUCUGUAACAAAUAGGGCAGGAAAAGACGAAACGACCCAAACCCGGAACUGCUGCUAUACUUGCUUGCAUGAUCUCAAAAGUAAGAGCGGGUUUCUCUUUCUCAAAGAGACCUCACCUGCCCGAUCUGGGUUGCUUUUCCUUCACUUUCCGUUGAGGAGAGUUGCAGAAAGGUUGAACAAUCCUGUGAAGAUUUUAGAUCUCAAAUAAUUUAUGCUCAAGUUAAUGUUGGAAUAAAUCUUGUGUUUUCUCCAUUCCUAUUAUAUGGCUGAGGAGAGGAUCGAGAUCAUGGUGACCCCAGAAAGAACCAUGUCAGAAGAUAUUAAUAAUGCAAGGAAUUCAACAGGGAAAACCAGUACAUCAAGCAGUAGCAAAAAGAUCCUUCCUCUUUAUCUCAGAGCUUCUACUGGUUCGUGCCAUGAUUUCUGUAAAUAUGGAAGAAAACAUGCUUUUGAAGCCAAGGAAAAGCGUCACAUUCCAAGAAGAGUUGCAACCACCAUGGCCAAAGGUGAAUAUUCAGUAAAUACUGUAAUUGUAUCAGAAAUAAAGAAGAAAACUGCUAUCAAGCGCAGGCCUUCUCUGGAUUCGAAAACCAAGUUACCUAACUGUUCUGAAAUAAUCAAGCAAGAAGCUCCAUCAUCUAGCAAGAAAAAGGAGGCCUCCCCAAAACAAGUUUUGUCACAUGUCAAACAAAUAGAGGUCUCUCCCAGACAAGCUUCUGCACAUGCCAAGAAAAUAGUGGUCUCUCCAAAGCAAGCUGUCUCACCUGCCAAGAAAAUCGAGGCCUCUCCAAAACAAGCUGUUUCACCUGCCAAGAAAAUUGAGGUCUCUUGGAAACAAGCUUUGUCUCCUUCCAAGAAAAUAGAGGUCUGUCCAAAGCAAGCUCUGUCACCUGCCAAGAAAUUAGAAGCCUCUACAGAACCAAAUGUGUAUCCUCCUAAGAGAAGUAAUGCAUCAGCAAAUCAUGUUGGUUAUUUGGAAUCAAAGUCUGUAGUGAUAAAGCCAUCUCCCCCCUCAGGUCUUUCAGGCAGUAUGGGAGGUAAAAGAAAUGGUGAUCGCAAGGUAGUGAAGAAAAUGGGGAAUUCUAAAAUAGAUGAAAAGAAAAUGUCGAGGACACCAAUAGCUUCUGUGUCUCCUAAACCUUCUGUCAUAAAUACAAGGAAAUAUAACAAUGUAAAAGCAGUUUCUCCUCUGAAGAGUCAGAACAAGGUUAAUGAAGCUGAACCCGUGCUAUCCAGCCAAGUCAAAGAGAAGACAUUUUAUGUCAUUGAACGGCCUGAAAGCAAAAGUUUGGAACUGGCCCUUAAGAAAGCUGAACCCAUGCUAUCCAACCAAGUCAAAGAAAAGACAUUGUAUGUCAUUGAACACCCUGAAAGCAUAAGCUUGGAACCGGCCCAAAAUGGAAGUCAUACAAAUCAGUCAUGUCCAUCUUCAUCUUUGUCAUCAUUGUUGUCAUUAAACUCUUCAUCCUCGCAGUCCUCUCCUUUGUUGUCUACAUAUGUGGAGGAAGAGAAUGAGGAAUCGGAAUCGGAAUCUAUGCUUAGUGAAGCAGAUGACCCCAUUUCUGAAUAUGAUGAAACUGAUGAUGAGAACCAAGUUGAGACUUCGGAUGUGGAGGAUAAGAAGCCCGGAAGGGGAGCUGGUUGCCCUGAUAAUACCGAUUGCCUGCCUCAGAAGUUACAUUUCAGAAGAGGACAGGUAGUUGACCUUCAAUCUGAGAACAGUGGCCCAAGAAGACUCAGAUUCAGGCAAGGAAGAGUGCUAGGGGAGAAUGAUGGUAAGGGUGACAUUGCAAAGAGAAGCUACAGGAGAGGAGGAACUCGCAGUGACACAUAUGGUACUAAACCUGAAUCUGAAAAGGUAGUUCUGAGACACCAAGAUUUGCAGGGAAAGAAAGAUGCUCAAGGUUUGUUUAAUAAUGUUAUUGAAGUGACUGCAAGUAAACUCGUCGAGACCAGGAAGAGCAAGGUCAAGGCAUUGGUUGGUGCAUUUGAAACCGUAAUUUCCUUGCAAGAUGGCAAACCUUCUGCUGAUUGAGUCCCAAAAGAUGUUUCCAUUGAUUAUGUAAAGAACACUAGAAGAGAAAAAGGUGGAGUAAAUCUUACAAUCUUGUGUAAACUGCAAGGGAAUAAGAACAGAGAGCUCAAUUGAGGUGUCAUCUUCUUUCUUUUAUCACUUAGGAGCCGUUGGAGAUGAAAGUCUCAUGCACGGUCUUGAACGAGAGAAAGAAGUGAGGAAUCCUUAAAAAAUAUGGAGGGUUUCUUGUUUGUGUGAUGAUUUUGACAUGCUAAAUAUCUUUUUUUCCAGAUGAAAUGUGAUGAUUUUGUUUUAAUA